AUGAAUCAUUGCUGUAAAGAUGGCGAUGCACCUGUCUGUUCGUAGCUAAUCCUUAUUUUUUAUCCUAUUAUUUAAGCGGUUCAUAAACAAUACUAAACAAAACAGUGGGACUAUUUAUUAAUUUACAAGCGAUUACAUUUCGUAGUACAUCUCCGUAAAUAAAAUUUGUCAAAGAUGUCGACAGAGGAACUGUCAACUUCGGACAGCGAGGCUGCCUUCGCCAGUGCUGGGGAGAGAUGGGCGCCCGUUGGGGCUGUUGCCAACCCGGAGGAUGAGAGUCGAAUUGGACACACGACCGAACCGAGAAGGAAAGGAUCCGUCUCGGCCAGUGAGCCGGAGAUGGCGUCCAAACUAAGGAAGCUGGAGGAGGAACAGGCACAGCUGAAUUCUUCGCUGCUAGCGCUAACAUCUCACUUUGCUCAGGUGCAGUUCAGGCUGAAGCAGAUUGUUCAUGCUCAGACUGACGAGAAGGAGAGGAUGUUAGUGGAACUGGAAGAGUUCGCUUUCAAAGGCUGCCCUCACGUCGUAGGAUGCCGAGCACAGGAUACAAAACAUUUGGAAAACUCGCAGGAGGACUUGAGCGAGAGGGAGAAGAGAGAGCGUCUGGAGGUCCAGAGAGAGAAGCAGAAGGACCUCAUCAUCCAGCUGAAAACGCAGCUGGACGACCUGGAGCGCUUUGCCUACCAGGAGGGCAGCUACGACUCCCUGCCUCAGGCUGUAGUGAUGGAGAGACAGAAGGUGAUCAUCGACGAGCUGAUUAAGAAGCUGGACGUGAACCUGAACGAGGACAUCGGGAACCUGACCCCAGAGGAGCUGAGGCAGAGAGUCGACGCAGCCAUCGCUCAGAUCGUCAACCCAGCCCGGGUCAAAGAGCAGCUGGUGGACCAGCUGAAAACCCAGAUCAGAGACCUGGAGAUGUUCAUCAACUUCAUCCAGGACGAAGUUGGGAACCCCCUCCUCUCUGACGGGUCUCCCAGCCAGCAGCAGGGGAUCGCUGGGUCCAACACCAGAGCCUCUGGAGGACGCAAGAAAAUGGAUGCUGAGCAUGCGCAGAAGGUGCGCGACACGGGGCUGCAGCUGAUCCAGCGCGCCCUGGCCGUGCUGCAGAUCUUCGCCGUCAGCCAGUUCGGCUGUGCCGCCGGCCGCGUCCCCCCGAUGUGGUCCCACAGCGACGGGGGCCAGGGCUACGGGCCCCUCCUGCAGCGCCUGGAGGGGGCCGUGGAGAGGGUUCGAGUCAUGGCCUCCUGCAGGCAGCCGUCGGUGGAUCACGUGGUGAGCUACUCCAGCAGCAGCGCGGCCCUGGGGCCCCGGGACGAGCUGACGGCCGCCGUGAGGAAGGAGCUGGCCUUGGCCUUGAGGGACCUGCUGGCCCACGGCCUCUACGCCCCCUCCCAGGGCAUGAGCCUGGUGCUGGCCCCCAUCUCCUGCCUGCUGCCUCGCAGCUCCGCCCCGCAGACCAUGCACCCCUGGGAGCUGUUCGUCAAGUACUACCACUCCAAGAACGGCAAGGCCUUCGUGGAGUCGCCCGCCCGCCAGCUCUCCCAGUCCUUUAGCCUUCCCAUGGGCGGGGGCCCCGUCACCGUCACCCCCAAACAGUCCCUGCUCUGGGCGAUCCACUCGGUCCUGCAGGAGCACGACCGCUACAAGCGAGGAGCGGACUCGGAGUUCAAGGCGCUGGUGUGCAUGGCGCUGAACGAGCAGAGGCUGGUGUCCUGGCUCAACCUGCUGUGUAAGUCGGGCCCCCUGGUGCACCCCCACUACCAGGCCUGGAGCUACAUGGCCCAGACGGGGUUCGAGGGAGCGCUGAGGAUCCUGGGGCGCGUCAGUCACCUCCGCUUCAACCUGCCCGUGGACCUGGCGGUGCGACAGCUCAAGAACAUCAAGGACGCCUUCUGAGUUGUGACCUGAGGGGGGCGCUAGACCUGGCUUCGAGGUGGGGCCGUGACCUCACCGCUGGUUGUAGUUUUCCUCUGGUACUUAUCAGUGUUAUUGACUGAUUCGUUCAGUUUGUUAAGAAUGGGUCUCAGACUUCAAACGUGGCGAAAAAGGUUUGUGAAGCAGGAAGCGUGGUUUGGUUUGUCUCCUAGCUGGCAAAGCGUCUACCCUCUCCAAAGUGGUCGAUUUUAAAUCGCUGUUCAACCCAAAACAAGUGUGUGAUGUUUGGUUGCAUGGUCUAUUUGAUAUUCUGUAACUUGGUUUGGUCUUAUAUGAACUAUUAUCACAACCAUUAUCCGUGAUCUGAAGGUUUAUUAAAUAUAAAGCCCUCCUGAAAGUUUAGGUGAUGCAUUACAUAGAUUACUACUGAGCAUCAAAAGGUCUUUAACACUACACAGCUACGACCAGGAUGCCACUAGAUCCUUAUCAAGCUCUGUGAUUUCAAGCUGCGAGUUGUUUUUCUACCAACCUCUUGACGUGUAGCUUCAAACACUUGACGUUAACGUUUCAGUUAACAAACGCAACUUUGCCACUCGUGCUCAUCGUGACAAAGUCGUCCGCGUCACUCUUCUACACGCCGUUCGGCUACACAGCCUUAGGAACGGUCCGCGACAGUAGCUCUCGCUCUCGUGCAUGACGCUAGCGACUGAUGCUAAUCCCUUGAUGUCUGAGUAGAAGACCAUACUGAACGCCUCACUAGUAGAAACUUGACGCUUUUGUAUGUCUUAUCCCUAUGGAGAUGAGUUGGCCCCACGCAGGAAUGUGGUUGGGGCCUUUUACUGUAAUAGGAUACUGAAACGAUCAUCCAUGUAAUGGUUGAUUGCUAAUGAGACCCAAAGUAACGUUAUUCCACAUAACACAGGACAGUGACACCAUAUACCAAAGCUCUGUGUUACCUUGCAUUGGUGACUGUAAGUCUGUGGUUCCCAAACCUGUCCUGCAUGUUUUAGAUGUUUCCCUGCUCCAACACACCUGAUUCAAAUGAAUGGUCAUAAGCAGGCUUCU